CACAAGAAAAAAAGAAAAGAAAAUUCUCUUUGAUGUUUUCCAACAAAAAUCUCUGUGAAAAUCCUCAUUGAUUCCGAACAAGAAAGCUAGCCAUGUGCGGCGGAGCUAUCAUCUCCGAUUUCAAGCCGCCGAGCCGAUCGUCGCGGCGCCUCACCGCCGACCUGCUGUGGGGGCGCGCUGAUCUGAGCGGCGCCAAGAAGAACAGCAACUCUUCCGGCAGCCACUACUCAAAACCCUUGCGAUCUGAGCUCGUUGUCCUCGACGAUGACUUCGAGGCUGAUUUUCAGGACUUCAAGGAUCACUCCUAUGGCCAGGUCGAUGCUAAGCCCUUCGCUUUCUCCGCAUCGCAUCGCCCUGGGUUUUCUUCUGGCCCUGACUCAGAUUCAAGCAAGGAUGCUGAUAAUUCCUCCAAGAGGAAGAGGAAGAACCAGUACCGGGGGAUCAGGCAGCGUCCUUGGGGAAAAUGGGCUGCUGAGAUCCGUGAUCCAAGGAAAGGUGUUCGUGUCUGGCUUGGAACGUUUGACACUGCUGAAGAAGCAGCGAGGGCUUAUGAUAUUGAGGCUCGGAGGAUCAGGGGAAAGAAAGCUAAGGUGAAUUUCCCUGAUGAUGCUCCACUCACGGUGCAGAAGAACACAGCUAAGGUGAAUCCUCAGAAAGCUGUCCCUGACUUGUCUGCUAAUGACUUCGGCUACUAUGAUCCUUCCAACUUUUUUGAGGAGAAGCCUUUGACAAAACUGAACCCUGCUCCCGGAGAUAUGGGUUCCAAAUCGUAUUUUCCCUCUGAUGCUGCUAACCUUUACUUCAGCUCCGAGGAAGGAAGCAAUUUGCUCGACUGUUCUGAUUUCGGAUGGGCAGACCAAAGUUCCCGGAGUCCUGAAAUAUCAUCCGUUCUGUCAGCUGCCCUAGAAGCCGAUGAAGCUCAGUUUGCGGAGGAAGCCAACCCUCGAAAGAAACUGAAGUCUAGUUCCGAUAACCUGCUGGCAAGCAAUGGAAACACUGUCGAAAAGCUGUCUGAAGAGCUCUCGGCCUUUGAAGCACAGAUGAAGUUCUUCGAUAUCCCAUAUCUCGAAGGAAACUGCAGUGCACCAACCUUCAAUGCCUAUGCAACUCAGGACGGUGGCAUGAACCUGUGGUGCUUCGAUGACAUCCCUUCUUUUACAGGGGACGUCUUCUAAGCCAGCCAGCCAGCCCUCCUCCCGUGCCCGUCUCUUUGUAAAUAAAGCUUUUAUAUGAGUAUGGUUUGAUGCCGGAACACUUGUAAUUGCUCAUCACAUCACUGUAAAAGCUUGGAUGACUGGGUUCCGUGUUUAACCUGCCCGUGUGGUGCCCGUGUUCUUCUAGGUUCGAUUGUGGUUAAGAGCAACAUUGUGAAUUUGGGAUCAAUAGCCACUGUUGCCGGACUUUAAACCGCUGUCUUUAAAUAUGAUGUGUAUGGAUAAUGAAUCUGAAACCUUGAACAUUUUUAUAUGUUGUUUUGUUGUUUGUAAUGCUUUAUAUUUUGCUGCUUUCUUCCUUGAUAUAGUUUUGAUGAAUAAUUAAAAUUGCAAGUGGGGUUGGCACUUGGGAGACUUUUUCAA